CACCCAUAAUGGAUCAACCAAAGACCACCCGUUGCCUUGUCCUUCAGGAGUCUCAAACGGCACAGAAGGAUGCUCCGGUGUACCAUGACGUGGUAAUGGUGGAAAACGAGGUACCGGCCCUGAAGGAAGGAGAGAUUUUGGUUCGGAUCAGUGCCGUCGCAUUCAAUCAUCGUGAUAUAUGGAUCCGAAGGAACAUGUAUCCCAGUGUCUCGCUAGGUGCCGUGAUGGGCUCUGAUGCAUCGGGAGUGGUGGUCUCUUCGACUGAUGGCAGCGAUACACUAAUCGGGAAGCGCGUUUUCCUCGUCCCUAUGCGUGGAUGGGAGGAGGAUCCCCGUGGCCCAGAACAGAAGUUUGGAAUCAUUGGAGGCACUGCAUAUCCCGUGAAAGGGGUCUUCUCGGACUUUGUAGUUGUCGAGCGCGAUCAAGUGAUUGAAAUACCGGAUCACAUGGAUGACGUGCAUGCCGCAGCAUGGCCUCUCGCCGGUGUUACGGCGUGGAGAGCGGUAAUAGUCAAGGGUGAAAUACAGAAAGGCCACCAUGUCUUGAUUACAGGUAUUGGCGGAGGUGUUGCUCUGGUCGCUCUCCAGUUGUGCGUUGCUCUAGGAGCCAACGUCUGGGUCACGAGCGGCAAUGAAGACAAGAUCCAAAAGGCAAUGUCCCUGGGCGCCAAAGGUGGUGUCAUCUACAAGCACGAGAAAUGGGGCGUACAACUUGGCGAACUGAUGAAGAAGACUGAUCCCAGCGCGAAGCUGGAUGCGGUCAUUGAUUCGGCCGGUGGCGAGAUCUGCGCCCAAACUUCAAAGAUCGUACGCGAUGGUGCACGAAUUGUUGUGUUCGGAAUGACGGCUACUCCGAAAGUCUCGUUCACUAUGCGCGAGGUGCUGAAGAGUGUUGAGCUGAAGGGUUCAACCAUGGGAUCCCACCGCGAUCUUAUUAAUGCGACUGAGUUUAUUGCGAAGCACUCAAUCUUGCCUGUGGUGUCAGAUGUCAUUGUCGGUUUAGAUAAGUAUGCGGAGGGUUUCGAUUUGAUGAAGAGCGGAGGCCAAGUCGGGAAGAUUGUGAUCAAAGUUAGCGAUGAAGGCAAGGGGAAACUAUAGUUUGAAAGAUGUUGUAAGAAUGAGAG